UCCAGCAGAGGAACAGGGACCCCAUUCAAACAACACAAUAUCCCAGUGCCCCUCUAGUCGAGAGAAUCACCAAACCCCCCUCGAGCAACCAAGCUCUUUCUGUAUCCGUGCACGAGCCAGCUCUUCUUUCUAAGUAUUCCGGCGUUAGGGCACACAAGACUAAGACGUUCGCGCCACCACUUUAGUUCGUAUUUACGGAAAAACCUACCCGGAAAAGGAAAGUAACUUACCGCAAGAUUUUCAAGAAAAACUGACUAUUCUUUCCGUACAAUUUCCCAAAAAAAAAAAAAAAAAAAAAAAAGUUUCUUUUUAUGACUUAAAAUUAUUUUUAUCUAGAACUUUUAUUUAUUCUAUAAAAAAUAAAAAUACUGCAUGGAAAUAAAACUCCAAAAGAGGAACCUCGAUUGAGGUUAUGAUGUAAAGCUUACCAAAAAAUGUGCAAAUAAAAUAGUGUAAUUGUUAAAGGUGAUUGUGAUAGACGAUAGUGCAAAUAUUAAUUUAAAAGUGAUAACGUUUGAGGCGAGCAACUAAAUGAUGGAUAUUACAGGAGGCACGAAGUCGCUGUACGGAGGGUACCAGUUCCAAGGGCAAGGGAGGAUGAACCAACUGGGUGGUGUGUUUAUCAACGGACGGCCGCUGCCGAACCACACACGUCUCAGGAUUGUCGAAAUGGCAGCUGCUGGAAUAAGACCAUGCGUUAUUUCGCGACAACUACGCGUCUCGCACGGCUGUGUAUCGAAGAUACUCAACAGGUACCAGGAAACAGGAUCAAUAAGACCUGGAGUAAUUGGCGGAAGCAAACCACGCGUCGCUACUCCGGAAGUUGAGGCUCGGAUCGAAGAAAUCAGGCGGCUCGACCCCACGAUCAUGAAUUCUCAGAUUAGAGACAAACUUAUCAAGGAGGGCUUCACCGAUCCGCCGAGUCUCAGCUCUAUUAACAGACUUUUGCGCGGAGGCAGAACUGGCGACGACGGCAAGAAAGAUUACACUAUUGAUGGCAUACUGGGUGGUGGUCGUUGCGAUGAUUCAGACACCGAGAGUGAGCCUGGUAUUCCAUUAAAGCGAAAACAACGUCGCAGUAGAACAACUUUUAGCGGUAGCCAGUUAGAACAAUUAGAAUCUGCAUUUCAGCGAGCGCAAUAUCCCGAUGUGUAUGCCCGGGAAGCAUUGGCUCAACAGACUGGAUUGACCGAAGCUCGGAUACAGGUAUGGUUCAGUAACCGCAGAGCCCGCCUUCGGAAAGGAAACAACGGGAGUGGUAUUCCCUCAGUACCCAGUCUACCAUUGACGCCAUGUCAAUACCCAGGUCCACAUGAAUUAGGACACUUGUCACAAGUACCACAAAUGGCUGUAGGAAUGCCAGCCAGCCAGGUGCCUACGAGUCUGCAUCAAUCGCUUCAUCAAAUGACGCCGACAAGUGUUCACGAAAUGCCAGCGAACUCGCUAAGCAGCCACAUGUCUAGCGCGAUGGCCCAAGUACCCACCACGACAAUGAGCUCCGGAUUACAGCCCCAUUCUGUCGCAAUUCCUGGUUCACUUACCGGGCUAUCGGGUCAUGCCAAUAAUGUUAUGCAAAUUGGUCAGGUGCCUACGAUUCAGCCGCCCACUGCUCAUGCUGCACCAACAACCUUAAGUCAUACUCAUAAUUCUGGUAACGCAGACUGGACUCGAGCGCAGAUCGGGUGGGGACAAUUCAACCACUUUCAGAACAACGACUACACCAGUCACUCCAGUCAUCAUCCUUCCAGUCAUACAAGCCUUGGUAGUCAAGUGUCCAGCGCUAAUCCUACAGCCGAUUGGGGAUAUGAUCAGGGUUAUGAUUAUGCACAGCAUGCACAGCUUAAUUAUCACCGCAGUGUCGGUGGAAUCUUUUAGUCAUUUCUUAAAAUUA